GCGCUUCGAAGAACAAACCGAUCGAGAGCCGUACUCCGUGAUAGCGGAGCCUGAAUAGCGUGAACUGUCCGGUUUCAGUCGCUCUCAGCGAUGCUCGGAGAGUCUUCCGGUCUUCAAAAGUUGCUCCCCGUGUAAGGAGAUAAUGGAAAUCUCAUAAAAUCCAUUCUUGUGGGAGGGAAGUCCAGAGGAAAGAUCAGAGACAGUUCCAUCGGUCGAAGAUGCUUAGGGUACCAUCUCGAGUCUUAGGCCGAGCUAGAGCUUGAAUCUCUUCAGCGAGGAUCGAGAACGCACAAGAUCGAGAGCCUCUCAUCGCCGAAUCAUUCCUGCGCUGACCUCUCAGCCGUCGGACACGGAGGAGUUGCGAGAACUCCGAACAUCUGUCGGCCUUCUCUCUUCGUCGACGGAACUUUCCUCGAUCCGAGUCGGAAUGAAAGCUACAGGACCCGAUUCUUGUGAAUCCUGGAAGAAUGCUGUUUUAGCGGGCUUCAUACAGAUACCAGUAUUGAUUAGCUUGAAGACCACCGGUGUGGUAUUCGUCGGCUUCCUGAACAAAUGGCAAAUUCUUCGGAAAGAAGCUUCAUGGCCACUAACAUUGUUCAUUGCCUCUUCACAAAUAUUCGCACCUAUAUUCCCGCUGCUUCAGAAGCGCUUCUCAGCUUCCUCACUCCUGAUAUUUUCCGGAGCUCUCAUCACGAUUUCGCAAUGCCUGACUUACUUCGCUGGCAGUGUCUUCCAUUUCUCGAUUUCCUUUGUGUUCCAAGGAUUUGCGAUCUCGGGAGUCUACAUGUACUCAACAUUGAUUUUCAUGCAGCACUUCAGAACCAAAAGAACGGCGGCCACGGGGCUGGCCUCCACGAUCUCAUCGGGAACGACGACCUUCGCUCCAAACAUUUUACAAAAACUCAUCAAUGAAUUGGGUAUCCGAAUGACAAUGCCGCUACUAAGUGUCGCGAGUCUGACCAGCUUGAUCCUGUCCCUCUUCCUCAAAUCGCCUCAAUGGUUCCUGGACGAGAUGGAAGAGCGGGAGAAAGUCCGUUCCGCCACUCAGGUCGAAGAGCAGGAGUUGGUUGAUCCCCGUGACACCUCUGAGACGUCAACGAUGGAGAAUUCCUCUCAUUACAUGUUGAGCGGGAAAUUCAUCAUGGAUGUCUUCUGUAUAAUUGUUAUAUACAAUGCCAACAAUACGUUCUUGAUGAUCGUUUUCGACCACGCACGCGACCAAGGCAUAGAGGAGACUUCCGCCCUCCUCGUACUUCCUUUUUGUGCCGUUGGUGACCUGAUGAUGCGGAUAAUGUCGGGCAUUUUGAUAGAUGGCAAACUGAUCUCCUGGCAGGUCCUGUUCGCCGCUUCGUUCCUAGUGGAGGCAACCUCUCUAAUUUUCUGGGUCACCAGCUCGACGUUACCGUCUCUUCUCGUCUUGUCCGUCCUGGUUGGAGGUUGCAACGGUGCCCUCGUGUCGCUCAUCCCAGUUCUCUUGGUGAACGACUUCGGGAUCUCACGUUUCACGGAGAGCUUGGGGGCUUCCCUCAUGGCGUGUGGCAUCGUGACGUGCUUCAGGCCUCUGCUCGACGGCUACUUCAGAGACGUACGCGGCUCUUAUGACGGAAUGUUUUUGGUUCUCCUCGCACUUUGUGUACCUUGCGGGAUCUAUUGGCUUUCUAGGUCCGUGUAUCAUAUCAGGAUGCUGCCUUCGGAAGCUCUGCAAAAGCGGGCGAACGUAGAUGUAGAAAGUACUUGAGUCUUUUUGCGCUUCUCGGCGGGAAAAAUCUACGGAGGGUCUGAGCGAAGGUUCACCUCCGACCGGAGCAUAGGACGCGGAUCAGCUCCAAGAGGAGGAUCACGUUCAAAGAACCGAGUAGGCACGUCGUCGCGAUAAAGAACCGUCGUACUCUGGAAAGGUUUAUCGGUCUUGAUAAUCAGGAUAGCAUGGUAUUCCGAGCACAUGGGUACCGAGCCCAAAGCUCAGUCAGAGACUUCGUAUCGCAGCUCGGGUUAUUUGGUCGGUGGAAUUCUUAUCG